AGACGAGACCCAAGCGGGGAGCCCCGGAAUCGCCACCAUGACCACCCGGGACGCGUGCGGCAGGGACUUCUCGGCCCCAGGAGAUGCUGAGCAGAAUGCAACAGAAAUAGACGCCUUCUUUAAAAGCAAACCCCUGGACCCAGCAGAACAGUACAAGAUGGACCACAAGAGGAGAGGCGUGGCUUUGAUCUUCAACCACGAGCGCUUCUUCUGGCACCUGACCUUGCCUGAGAGACGGGGCACACGGGCCGACAGGGACAACCUGCGGCAGAGGCUCUCGGAUCUGGGCUUCGAAGUGAAUUGCUUUGAUGACCUCAAAGCCGAAGACCUGCUGAUGACCAUUCAUAUGGUGUCCACCUCUAGCCACAUAGAUGCCGAUUGCUUCCUGUGUGUGUUCCUGACACACGGGGAAGGAAACCACAUCUACGCCUACGAUGCCAAAAUCGAUAUCCAGAAGCUGACCGCCAUGUUUAAAGGAGACAAAUGCCAGACCUUGGUUGGGAAACCCAAGAUAUUUGUCAUCCAGGCCUGUCGAGGAGACCAGCACGAUAUUCCGGUCAUUCCUCUGGACGUGGUCGACCAUCUGUCGGACAAGGUGGACGUCAAUGAAACAGAAGUGGACGCUGCCUCCGUUUAUACCCUCCCGGCUGGAGCUGACUUCCUCAUGUGCUAUUCAGUGGCAGAAGGUUAUUACUCUCACCGGGAGACAGUGCAUGGUUCCUGGUACAUUCAGGAUUUGUGUGAGAUGCUGGAAAAAUACGGCUCCUCCUUAGAGUUUACGGAACUCCUUACCCUGGUGAAUAGGAAAGUUUCCCAGCGCAGAGUGGACUUCUGCAAGGACCCCAACGCCAUUGGGAAAAAGCAGGUCCCUUGUUUUGCCUCCAUGCUGACCAAAAAGCUCUAUCUCUUUCCAAAGCCUAAGUAACCUGCAGGCAGCCCCUUGGCCUUUGCUGUACAGACUUUGGGAGUACUGUCUCCUUUCCUCGUUCUUUUGUGGUAUGAUUAGCCUCUUGAGACGGGGUCUAAUGCCUUUUAAAUUUUUUAAUCAGAUGCCCAUUUUGGGACAGAAUCUCUCAGCUCAGCACAAUUUUCAAGGGCGACUCUUAACAGUUUCACCCCUAAAUAGAUACUUUUGUCUGUCUUCAUUUUGAGAGCUUUGGUCUUGUCUUUGCAAAUUAGUAUGUUGACAACAUUCUCAGGGAAUUGUCUUCCCCCAAACCCUACUCUAACAAGCAUUUAUCAAUAAUAGAUCUUGUGAAUCAGGAGCCUAUCCAGAUCAACAGGUGGUUCUAGCUUGUACUUGUAGCAUCUUUGCUUCUUCACCAAAACCCAUUUUCUAACAUUCAUGUAAAGGUUAUUUAGAUUCUUGAGUGAAAAAUAAACCAGCAGCUCAUUUUCCAUUAACAUUUCAAUUUAAAGGGAAUAGUUCUCUCUUCUCUGGGACUUUUACAUAUUUUGUAAAAUAUUUUUAAAAAUCUUCCUUAAAUAUCCAUGGUGUCUCCUGAUAAAGUGUAUAGUAACCACCAACACCCCUUUAUUCCCCUCCCAAUGUUAUCCAAUAACUGGAUAUCUGCCCUCCACACACUUAAAUUCCAUACCCACUGCUCACCACCUGAGACUGGACCCAGGCUAAGGCCACUCCAACUACCUAGUGUUACUGCCCUAGCUAAGACCAUUUAUGACAUCAUUCCUAUGGUACCCACCUCCUUCUUUGAUGGCAUUUCAUCUGGGUCAAAUUUGAGGGUAAUGAAUUCAAGAUUAUGUAGAUAAGGGGCACCUCUAAAUAUCUUUUAUGCUCAACUUCUAAAUUAUCAAUAAAUCAUUGACAAAUUAAGUAGGACAUUUUGCAAAGGAUUUUUCAUCAGUUUGAUGCGCACAUAGACACACACACACACAGAGGAUUUCUGUAGUUGAUAUGCCAUGGAUUUGAGAUGAAUCUUUUUAAAUUUAGUGUUACAAAUUUGAAACUGAAGAUUCCUUUUUUCCCUAGAAUUUUCCAUAUAUUAGACCUUUUUUUUAAGUUUUUAUCUUCAGAUUAAUCACUAUUAGGUGUUGAUUACAUUCCUAAAUUAUCAAGUUAAUUAACAUAUAUUUCUAUGUGUUGAAAUUAACUGAAUUUAUUUCUAGAUAUCUCAGGCUCUCCAUCCCCUCCCCACAUCAUAGGCUAACAGUUGUGUACAUAGAGAUUCUGUCUCGUGUGUUUCCAUUUUCUAGUUCAUUCUCUGGAGGUGAAUACUUACACAUUAUUCUAAAAAUAUAUAUAUUCUUAAAUGUGGGGCUCUGAUCUUUCACGUGCUAUACAAAACCAGCAAUCUUGUUGCCAGAAGCCAAAGAUGAUUCAUUUAGGUUUCUUACAACGUAGUUGAAUAUGUAAGCAGUAGUUUUCAUGUCUUGGUCCAGUUGGUUUUGUCCUGAGAGAGGCUCUCCCAGAUGACAUCUAGGCACAUGCCCAAUGUUCUAUAGGAUUCUUGUGCUCAUUCCAGAGAGGUGCUAGGAUGGUACUGGCAGCUAAACUCUUCUCCCCCAACCCCCAUAAUCCUAACUCCCCACUGGCUGGUGCUUCGCCUUCCUAGUUAGGACACAGUAAGAGUCACCAGUCUCCACUGACCCUCUGUCAAAGAGGUAACACUUGAGAACGUCUAUUUCAUGUAUAGACUGUGAAAAAUUUCAUGGGCUUUUGGGCAGACCCUACACAAUGGCUCAUAGAAAUGAAAUGAUUUAGCCACCAUACUGUCAAUUUCAUCUUAAAUGUGAUUGUUUUAAUAGUUUUUAGAGUGAUGUACCCUAAACUCAGUUGCUAUAAUGAGGACUGAGCUUCAGGAGCAAUACAAACAGACUUCAAUUUUGUUUACACUUACUACAUUGUUUUGAUAAUAACUUGAUGCUUUUGUAAUUAAAGAAAUUAUGUAAUUAAAAAAAAAA